AUGACAGACAACCCUGCGCCGCUGCCGACGCAGACCGCAGUUCCCAGUCAGGCCACCCUCGACGCGCCGGUCGCCGCCCCUGUUGUCAAAGACGAGGCCGCCGCCAACGCCGUGGAGACGGUGGAAGAAGAGCCGUACACCAUCAAGUGUAUCUGCAACUUCUCUGACGAUGACGGAAACACAAUCUACUGCGAGACGUGCGACACAUGGCAGCACAUCGACUGCUUCUACCCCGACAACAGGGAUGAGGCCAUUCGCGAGGACUUCUCACAUUCUUGUGCAGACUGCAAGCCGCGGCCGUUGGACCGACAAAAGGCCAUCGAGCGAACACUGAGACUUAGGAACGCCGCCAUGGUGCAGCAGCUGCCGGUCGACAAGAAGCCAAAGCGGCCGCCUUCCAAAAGCCACAAGAAGAAGGUCAGGCCUGCCGAGCUCCAGUCCAACGGGCAGCCCGAGAGCGGCAAGAGUGGCAGCCCCAGCGAUCACCCGCCAUCGACCAAGAAGCCAAAAUCCUCUCAUCGUUCCUCGCACUCAACUAGCUCCCAGCCGUCCAAGCGCAGUCCUUCGUACGGAAACCCGCGCUCGAACCAUGCGCAUCCUCCGAGUCCUGCCACGACUCCUCCCGACCUCCCCGACGAUUUCUUGAUACAUCACUACUCUGAUGGCUUCUACUCGUUAUACAACGAGAGCGAUGUUCCUGACACGCACAACAAUGCGUUCGCAAACAUUGCGAUACCUGCUGCGCUUGGUCAGUGGCUUCGGGACCCCGAGACGAUGAAGAAGGAGGUCGGCCGCACGCGAGAUGAGGUCUUUAGAAUUGACCCUCCCGCCGCAGACGAGAAGAAGCCUACUCUUGAGGUCAAGGAUUCGACUCGUACUUCUGACGCCGGAUUGACAUUGCGAUGGCGCUUCGUCAAGUCUACCACCCCGAUUGCCAAGGAUGUCCGCCUGAUUGAGCUCAAUGGGCAAAUCGGUUUCCAAAAGGAUUACUGCGCCGAUCCUGACAAUCUCUGGACCGAUCUCUCUUCGCCGCUCCCUUUCGUCUUCUUCCACCCCAUACUUCCACUCUACAUCGACACCCGAAAAGAAGGCUCCUUAGCUCGAUACGUGCGACGGAGCUGCAAGCCGAAUGCGCAGCUUGACACUUACUUGUCAAGUGGCUCGGAAUAUCACUUCUGGCUAGUGAGCGACAGAUACAUUGCCGCGAACGAGCAGAUUACGCUCCCUUGGGACUUCCGUCUAGAGAAGAGCGUGCAUUCCCGAUGGCUGAAUCUGCUGGGUCUGAAUGACGACGAUGCCGCAUCGCAAGAUGAACCGGAGAUGGAUCUAUCGGAGUACAAUGCUAUCUCGAAUUGGAUCGAUCGUAUUCUCUCGGAAUACGGCGGCUGCGCGUGCGACCUAGAAAACAACUGCGCUUUCGCCCGCUUCCACCGGCACUACUUGUACGGCAAGAACCAGGGCCGCGUUGCGAAGAAGAAGUCGCGAAAGUCACGGAACCACACCAUCUCGCCUACCAGCACAGGGCAGGCGACAAACAGCCGGGCCCCUAGUGAAGGCCACGUCGACGACAGCGCAGACAACGAGACGAGGAACGAAUCGACUACUUCCCGGAGCAAACCCUCGAGCAGAGACCGUACCCCGUUACCGCAGGGCCAAUUCGAUCAGUUGGGAAUACUCACAGAACCCACUGACCGGGAUAAGCGAAAGGUCGCCAUGGUCGAGGAUUCCUUCAGGCGCAUGGAGCAACAGCAACCGCCAAGAAAGAAGAAGAGAGUGUCUGAUGGCACAAGCACGUCUUCGUCGUCCAAACCCAAGUCCCGCAAUGGGUCCGUCGCACCGCCAGGGAGCUAUGUCGACGCUGGGGGAGGCGACAAUGCAAUGGACAUCGAUUCCACAACGGCCGACCAGAAGCCCUUUGUUUCCGGCGGCGUCGUCGAGCCACCAUCGCCGAUGUCACAGUCCAGCGACACGGUCAUGUCCGAUCAAGCUCAGGAGGCGGCAGCGUUGGUCCCGAAUGGAGCUGCAUCGGGGCCGGAGAAGAAAACUCCGGACUUGCGCGUUCAGAUGCCACCCAUUCCGGCCUUCGACAACACAGGACUUGUCACGACGCCAUUGUCAGCAUCUGGAGCUCCUGGGCAAUCUCCCGUUUCCGGAACAUUGGCCAGCCCUUUCGCCCCGCCUGCAGUCAACGGAAUCGCUGUCAUCCCUAGCCCAGCCAAGAAGAAGCUGAGUCUUAGUGACUACACAAAGAGCAGGAUGAACAAGGCCGCUGGGAAAGUGGCGGGCGGCUCCGCCCUGCUCAAGCCUGGGCUGGCGAGCCCCGAGGAGAUCAAGGUGGAAGUCACAUUCGAGUCGCAAGCCCUGGAAAAACAACACGACACGGUGGCUCCAUCGACAGCACCGACGACGAAUGGUCACUAA